ACUAUAUCAUGCUCGCCUUCCUAGCCAAUAUGCAUGUGGCAAAUGGAUAUGAUUACCUCGAGCCAUAAGGUUGAUUUCAUAUCAUCAAUUCCAACUCACACCAGCUUCACACCAGCCAACGCAAAAGGGAUUACUAAACAAUAACCAAGAGACGAAAGAUCAGAUCAGAUCGGCCGGCCGGAGGCGGCGGUGGCGUCGAGCUCGUCGUCGGUCGGCGACGAUCGAUCAGCAGCGCGCGUCGUCAGGAUUGUGGAGGAGGACCGGGCGAGAAGACGACGAAGAUGGCAUGGUCGUCGAUGGAAGCGGUGGUGCUGCCGGCGAGCAUGGUGCUGGUGCAGGCCUUCACCAUGGGCGCCCUGCUCCUGUCGAAGCUGGCGCUCAACGUGGGAAUGGAGCCCUUCGUCCUCCUCGCCUACCGCAACCUCAUCGGCGCCAUCGUCGUCGCUCCCUUCGCCUUGUACUUUGACAGGUCCAUGGUGCGCAAGGUGACCCUCAAGGUGAUGGGUUGGAUGUCCAUCAGCGCGCUCUUGAGCAUCGUCCUGGCCAUGGGUCUCCACUACUACGGCCUGCGCGCCACCACGGCCGCCAUCUCCGUCAACUUCCUGAACCUGAUCCCCGUGGCGACCUUCCUGAUGGCUGUGCUGCUCCGCGUGGAGAAGCUGGCGGCGGGGACGUGGCCGGGGCGUGCGAAGAUGGCCGGCACGGCCGUGUGCGUGGGCGGCACCAUGGUGGCCAGCCUGUACAGGGGCCCGCUGCUGCACCCGUGGCCGACGCACCUGCUCCGGCACCGCGCCGCCACGGCGCCGCAGCACCACCGCAACAUGCCGCUGGGCACCGUGUACCUGUGCGGCAGCUGCCUGGCCUACGCGCUCUGGUUCGUCGUGCAGACGCGGGUGGGCAGGGUGUUCCCCUGCAAGUACCUGUCCACGAUGCUGGCCUGCGUCUGCGGCACCGUCCAGGCGCUCGCCAUCGGCGCCGUCAUCAGCAGGGGCGACCCGGCGUCGACGACGUGGCGGCUGUCGUGGGACCUCCGCCUGGUCACCGUCGUCUACUCGGGGGUCUUCAACACCGCCGCCACCUUCUGCAUCAUCUCAUGGGCCAUCACCAGGCGAGGCCCCAUCUACCCGUCCAUGUUCAACUCCCUCUCGCUCGUCGCAACCACCGUGCUCGACUCGCUGCUGCUCGGCACCGACGUCUCCGUCGGCAGCCUGCUCGGCGACGCGCUCAUCAUCCUCGGACUCUAUGCCUUCCUCUGGGGAAAAGGCAGAGAGAUGAAGCACCUCAAACAACAACAAGAGCAGCAGCAGCUCAACGGGACGGGACCAUGAUGUCGUCGUCGAUCAGAACCAACGGCCGCGGCACCACCACCACUACUGCUAACAACAACAACAACGCCGACGACCGCGUCUAGCUAGCUAGCUAGUAACUGCAGCUGAUGAUAUAUAGCGUGCACAUACAUGCAGUUUUAAUUUAUGGUAAAUAAAUAAAAUUGAGCAGUUAGCUAGCUAGAACUAGAAGUUGAGGUAAAUUGGAUGGAUGGAUCGAUCGGCCGGCCGGAUGCAUGAUCUCAUCAUGCAUGUAUAUCAUGGUCAUGGCUAUUAUAUUGCUGCUCAAGGAAAUCGUCUAUGCCCGGUGUGGCAGCAUAUAUAAAUGCAGCAAGCGAUCGAAGGGCAA